AUGAUGAUAUUAACCCUUAAAGAUCUGAUAACAACUGUGACAGAGUACCUGGAGUACGGCAAAUCAGUAGAUAUGGUUGUGAGGUUUAACAAUUCCAUGUCUAUGCCUAACAUAACCAUUUGCAUGCCACAGUCGCAGAUCCAGUCCUUUAUGGAUUUCAGUCCAUUGAGGAACCUGUCUUCGAAUGAAGAACGGACUGCUUAUUGGAAUGGCAAGAUUGAUGUGAGUUUGCAAAGCGAAAAUUUAAAAUUUUCCAGUCUUCACUAGUGAUAUUACCCAGUGCAGUAAUUUACUAAUCCUAACCCUUACAGGACGCAAUGAGUCAAAUAAAAACGAAAGAAGUCUUCCUAACUUCAAAAUGGCCUGCAGAGUUCUUGUUCGACGUUUUUGAUGUAAUCCAGACUGUUUAUAUGAAAGAGAUCACUACGACCAACACGAUAGCUCAAAUGCUAAUGUUUUCCGUCAGGAUGGCUGAUGAAAAGAAAAGGAAUAAAAUUAAGGUAGGCCAGCUUUACCAAUCCUGAUUCAUAACUAAACAAGACAUAAAACAUACCCUACUCCCUAUCUUGCCCUACUCGUACGAGACAUUAACCUACUCUAAUUUUUCUUACUCUGCCUUCUUACCUUACCCUACGCUAGCUUACCUUACCUAAACCUACUCUACUCUGCAAGAUAGCUAAAUAAUUGUUGAAAUAACUAUAGAUUUCAUGUUGCUAUUUCAGAAAUACACCGAGCUCUUUGACAAAUUAGACGUAUCCAUCGAAGAUGCGCGACAAAAAGCUGGAGAAGAAGCCUUAGCGUAGUAAGUUAUAAAAAGCAUUAUUAAACUAUUAUUACCUUGAAAAAGUGUAAAUGAAAAAAAAACAACAUAACAAAUAGUUUAAAACCCUUAGCAAUUUUUACCUGACAGUAAAACUAUAUUAACCAUAAAUAGACCAAAAAACAAAAAAAGCCCAAAAGACCAUAAGAAAAGAUCAGUUUGACAAGAAAGGAUAAAUCAUGAUUUUUAGCCAAAUGAGACGACUCCAAAGGCUAACCAAAAACGAUGACUUAAAGAUCAAAACCUGGCCUAAAAUCACCUGGCUGUCACAAGAAGAAUUCUGUUUCCAACCAGCCUUCCAUGACGACACUCCAGUCGAUUUUCAAGUAUGUUAUCCAACCCAAUACGGUUUACUGAACCUUUUAGGACACGUUUUUCACUCUAAACAAAGCUUUUUAGGGUACGUUUUUCACAUUCACAACCGUGCUGAAUAUGAAAAACUUGUUAACCGAUGACCUUGACUGCCCAACAGCUGAUGUGUCCGGAAGACCAAGUUCAUUUUGGAGAUAUCAUUUAAAUCAUGGAAGAGAUAACAAUGGUGUGGUUGAAGACUUAUGUUUUGGUGAUCGACAUGACGUAACUACCACAGUAAAAGCUUACUAUCGCAUGUUGGAAGAUGAGAAUGAUGAAGAGGAAACAAUUUGUAAAGAGUAUGAAGAAGGGGAAGAGGUUGAGUGUCAUGCCAAGUGUCGAAAGGCUUUAAUACAGGUAAUGUGUUUAAAUAUUUUCAUCAAAUAUUUUUAAAAACCUUAAAGGUAAAUAAGGUUUAAAGACAGAACAAUAUUAAAAAAAUAAAAAACAAGCAUGAAAUUUUAGGAAAACCUCGAUUGCACGCCAAUUACGUUAGAAUAUUUGGCGGUAGAUGAAACUGAAUUGAAGGUGUAUCCACGUUGCAACUAUAGUAACCUCAAAAUGAUUGAGUAAGUCGACUUACACUAGUGUUUAAUACCUUUUGAAAUUUUGACAAAACAUGGCCAGCUUUUGCCAAUGUUGAUCAAAGGCUUUUGAUGAGUUUUAAGCCUAUUUUUAUACCUAAAACAUCAAACAAGUCCUCCCAUUUCCAGGCCAUCCAACAUAACCGACACAGAAACCGCCUGUCGUGCUGAAUGCCACCGUGAUUGUAACUACAUCAAGUACGACGUGAAGAAAGGUGUUGCCCGCCACACUUCAGCUAUCAUUGCCCAAACCAGAGCCAAAAGUAAUUCAGCUGAAAUGGCGAAACUAGUUCAAGAACUAGGCCAAGACGUGCCUCAUAACGAACUUACAGUAAACUUUUUGUUCACCUCCUUCGAAUAUAUGGAUUGUGAACAAGAUUGGGAGACGAGUUGGGUCGAGUUCAUUGGAAAUGUUGGUGGAGUGUUGGGUUUGUGGCUUGGACUGUCAGCGCUGAGUGUUAUUCAAUCAGUGGUGUGGAUCUAUAACAUGUUUAGGCCUGAAAAGAAGGUGGAGAAGGUUGAAGAUGAAGAUGGCACUUUCUCUAGUAAUCCAUUUGGAGAUGUUACGUUGAGUCAGAAUCCAUUUGGCGGGGCUGGUGAGUUAAAACUUUUAAAAAGAACUUACUUUAGCCUUGAAACUGGGGUAGGGGCAAAUGUAGGGGUAAGGGUAGGGGAAUAGGCAGAGUACACCUUAAAGAAAAAUUUUAAAAACCAAAACCUUACCAUUUAAAAUUUCAGACGAAGACCUAAAACGACGACGUAAAAUAUCCAACACGACCGCAACAUAA